AUGAGUCGUCUGUCGCGCGGCCGCGCCAUACUGAGAGCCUUGGGUUGCACUGCACAGCUCACACAAGCAUGCCAUAUAAGUGGCCAUAAGCCGAACAGGCACCAAUAUGGCCGCAUUCCCGGCACGAGGUCGAAGAUAUACGACAGACACGACGGCAUUACUCCCCAGAGCGCCCAGCUUUAUCCCGCGUCUUCUCCCUCCUCCCACAUCUCCAUCAAGCCCACUCUGUUGACCUUGCCCGUCCGCCGCCCGUUGCCCAAUUAUUACGAGAAAACGAGCCACAUGGCCACUGGCAACCGGCCCGGCCGGCCUGCCGGUAUGACAUCGCAUCCUCCCGGUGCCAGUGCCCUGCCGCGGUCUAUCCAGAGACCUACAACCACAACCACAACCACAACCACAACCACAACCACAGAGCCGAAAACCAAAACCCAGUUUGCUUUCGUCGUGGCCGGCCCGAAGGGAACCCCAACAGCAGCCGACAGGAAACUCAUCCGCAGCCAUGUCAUGCGAGGGAAGAAUACCCGCAGGAGACCGCAUGCCGAGCUCCCCGACUCGUGGAUCUCCUGUUCCACUGGUCCUGAUUCUGUCCCGGCCUUGCCUACACCGUCACCGUCCUCCUGUGAUUCCGGUGCCACGGAUGUAACAGAGGACAGCACGGCCAGCAGUCUCUCGUCAGAUGAAGCAACAACUUCAUCCACCGACAUCGACCUCCUACCCAGGCAUUCCCGCCUCCUUCCUUACUCUCUGAACGAUCUCAAUACCGUCAAAUUUGCCGAAGAGCUCGACUCUUCCUCCCUCCGUGUGCUCACCGACUUCUUCGGAACCAUCAAGGAGGUAAUGUAUCCCAUGGAGCUGUGCUGCCAUUUCGACGUCACCAGGACCCACUGGUUCUACUGGAUGCUCGAAGACGCCGCCUACCUGCACUCCGUCCUGUACACCGUCUACAGCUUCUACGACGCCCUGGCCGGCCGUCCGCCCGACAAGAUGACCAGCUACCAUGUCCUCAAGACCAUCAAGCUCCUCAAUGCGCGGCUCGCCGACAAGGAGCUGGCCCUGGCCGACUCCACCGCCGCCGUUAUCAUGAGCAUGGCCAUGCUGGGGGAGGCCAUGGGCGACAGUGCCGCCGCGCAGGCUCAUGCGGCUGGGCUCCAGCAGAUCGUCAAGCUGCGCGGGGGGAUUCAGUCUUUUAACCACAACCAGCAACUUCAGGUCAAGAUUUGUCGAGUAGACUUGGGCAUCGCCAUCUGCGAAGGAUCCAAGCCGCGCUUCUUCGAGGACACCAUCUCCUGGGACUCCUUCUUCGACUCGUCCCCCGCCCUGGCCCGCCUACGACCCGACCUCCCCGGCCCCAGCCACCAGGUCCGCCGUCUGGUCAAGCCGCUCGACCUGAAGCUGUACAACAUCCUGCGCGACCUGCAGGACUUCUCCCAGCUCUCCAACUUCCUCUUCCAAUCCGGCCAGAAAAUGGACCCCCGCGUCUUCCAGGACCUCCUCACCUCCAUCCAGUACCGCCUCCUCCUCCGCGAAUUCCCCCCCGACCAGCCGCCCCUGCUCGAGCUCCUCCGCCUCGCCCUGCUGGCCUACAUGACCAUCCUCCUCCUGCGCAUCCCCUACGUGAAGAUGCGGUACCCGCACCUCGCCUCGCAGCUGCGCGCCGCCUGCCUGGCCUUCGAGCCGGCCCACGACGACGAGAACCACGUGUUCGCCUGGGUCCUCGUCAUCGGCUUCAUCUCCGUCUUCGACCCGGACGGCGACGAGGAGCUGGCGGCGAGGCUGUCUGGCUUGGCGCCGCCGUAUCUCGGCUCGUCGUGGGACCAGGCGAAGAAGCGGCUGAGGAGGAUCAUGUGGAUCGAUUUUGUCCACGAUGGGCUUGGUGAAGAGGCGUUCCACCGGUAUCCGACGCGAGCCGAGGGCGCCGGUGAAUAUGCAUCAAGGAGGUUAUCCGGUAUAACUGCAGGGGCCCGACCGUGGGGGGCAUGGGGAACUGAACGCGCCCGGCUGGAAAGGAUUGAAGGUCAAAAGAUAUGCUCAGUGACGAUUCCCCCUGUUUUUGGCCCCCUCCUCUGCACCACCGCCAAGUAUCAUGUUUUCGUGGUCCCGAACCGUCAUGUCAUGGUCGCGAAGCCGCCUCACCUUGUGAUACAAUAA